AGAAUCAAAGAAACCCUCAAGGAACACAGUAUUGUGGGUGAUGGGAAUUGAAUUCCUGGUGGCAUUUGGGACAGCGAUUCUCACCAUCGUUGCCAUGCCGUUCUUCGACAUUGUGACAAACGCAAUGAUUCUGAAUAGCAUCAGUCUCCUGUCCUCGAUCUUCCAGGUGGUCGCUCAGUUCUUUGCAAAGGAGAGGAAGCGCUUCAUAGUGCCCCCGAUCAUCUCAAUAGUCCUCAUACUGGCAGGCUAUGUGCUCUUCAUCAUCAGCUACCUGCAAAUAAGAGACGAUAGAGAGAUGAAGAUCAGGAUCGGCCUUGCUAUAGUGGGAACCAUCUUUGUCUCACUGAACUGGUGGGAGAACUACAGCACCCUCUUCAGAAACCCCUUCCUAAACAGUAUAUCUGAAGACAUAGCGAGAUCCAAGAAUCUUGUGGGCAUCCUGUCCAGCGUGGUUCGGAUCCUGGUUACUGCUGCCGUGGUGGGGGCGUAUGUCCCUCUGUCUGGUAGAGAUUGGUCAUCGGUGACAUCAGUUCCAGACAACGUGAGGAGGGUGAUCUGGAUCUUGGUGGGGAUCCAGAUAGUGUCCUCUGCUCUGUGCCACUGGUUCGUUGUGGUGGCCUGUAAAAUGCACGCUAUACGGCGGAGUUUCCUUCUACCUGUUUACCUGGCCUCCUUAGGGGUUGUGGCAGCUUUCAUAGCUCCUGUCAUUAUCUUCUACCAGAAUUUGAGUAAAACCAAUGGUGCUAAUUACACAAUGACAGAGUACUGCUUUGACAUCACAAAUGGCAAUGGCCUAAGUCAAAACGCUGUCUGGUAUGAUAAACUAGUUUGGGAUAUCACUCAUUCCCUCUGUCCCAAUGACAUGACCAACCAAAGAGAAAUAGGCUUCUUAGUUGGCUCUUCACUCUGCUGGUGGUUGGGUUGGGUGCUCUGCACUGUCUACAUCUGGGGACUCCAGCUGCAGCGAAUCGAGAGGACCGAGCAUCUGCUUGUGAGAAGGAUGUACGAAGGGGCCUUUAUGGAACAGUCCAUAAUGCUCAACACGCGUUUUGAGAUUCAGAAGAAAAUAAAAUGUGUCAAACAGGCUGAC